AUGGCUGAAAAAGAAGUUCAUGAGGAGCAUCCUCCUCGAGGGAAUGAAUGGGAAGUCGUCUCGCUUACUUCAUCAGCUUAUGCUGCUUCUCCUGGUCCAUAUAAUGUUGAGUCGAGAGAUGCAAGAAAGUAUGAUGCUUACUAUGGAGCAGAGACUUCUCGUGAUUUGUACAUGUCUGACCACUUUGUAUUCCCACCAAGUGAGCAUGAGAAUCUACCCAUUGAUGAGCCUUUGGAACAAGAAAAAGAUGGCGGUGAAGACUCGAUGCUCCAAGGUCAGGGAUUGUCUGAUAAGUUAAGGGACUCGUCAGAUGAAGCUGGAAACAACCAACAGAGUAUCUAUGAUGAAUCUGCUCUUGGUUCUUCUAGACACAUGAAAUCGUUCGGAAGCGAAACAGACAUGUAUGAGCAAGGGUUAACGGAUGCCGAGCCAAAUGAAUAUGCAGUUGGGGACUCUGAUACCGUAACAAAUCCCCUUAAACGCGAGAAGGAUGCCAAUCACAACCUUCCCUGUGAAGCUUGGUGGAGAAGGAGAGCUAUUUCUGUGUAUUCGCGCACAAGAGAAGCAAAUGCGAUAUGGUCCUUAUUCUUUGCAGCUGCUGUCACAGGACUCGUAGUUCUUGGUCAACGAUGGCAACAAGAGAGGUGGCAGAUUUUGCAACUCAAGUGGCAAUCAAGCAUCAGUAGCGAGAAGCUGAGCAGAGUACUCGAACCUCUCUCGCGCUUGAAAGACUUGAUUGUGAGAGGUAGUAACCCACAAGCUUCUCUUGUAAGGAGUGUCUCAUCCAGUGAGGUCUAG